AUGAAUAUGACUGAUUUAGAGUUUCAGAAUUCUCCGAUUUCCAUUAUUGAUAACCUCGAGAAACUGAGAAGACGGUUCUUAUGGGGAGGAAGUGAAGAAAAACAAAAAAUCAAUUGGGUCGCUUGGAAGGUGGUGCUUGGGUCAAAAUCGUUCGGUGGUCUCGGGGUCGGAUCCUUGGCCUCGCUUAACUGGGCCCUCCUGACAAAAUGGAUAUGGAGUAUUGUCAAUGUCUUCUCGACACUUGGCAAUAUUGAUAUUGAUGUCACAGAUAUUUUUGAGUUUCAGGUGGGGAACGGGAAGAAAAUUUUGUUUUGGCUAGAUGAUUGGCUAAAGAAUGAGACUUUGGCAGUGAAAUUCCCUUCUUUAUAUGCGUUAGACAAGAGGAAAAGUUGCCUUUUAGGAGACAGAUGGGUGAAUGGCGUUUUCUCGUGGGCUUGGAAGCGGAAACCCAACAAUUCUCAGGAGCUGUUGGAAUUGGAAUCUAUUUUGGAUGUUACAAGGAUGGUUGUUAGAUCCAAUGGGCCCGACACUUGGAGAUCAAGGUUAUCUGAUGAUGGUUUUUUCCGUGUUUGCGAUCUUAGAGCCCUCAUUGACAGUAAAUUGACUGCCCCGAUAAAUAAUCCCAUGGUUUGGCUUCACUUAGUUCCUAUCAAGUGCAUUAGCUUUGUUUGGAGGGCUUGUAUGGGGCGUAUUCCUACUACAGUAGCUCUUUCCAAGAGAGGUAUCAACAUGUCUUCUACUUCCUGUCAAAUGUGCUUUAAUGGUAUGGACACUGCGGAUCAUAUUCUCUUGGACUGUCCGAUUGCCUUUGACUCUCUAAGAUGGAUUUUCAAUUGGUGUGACAUUUCUAUUCAAAGGUUCCUUUCGAUUUCAGAUCUUGUUAAUUUUGCCGCCUCAUGGGGGAACUGUCCAAAAAAAAGGAAUAUAUUUAUUGCUAUCUGCUAUGGGUUUCUAUGGUGUAUGUGGAAAGCAAGGAACGAUGUAUGGUUUAACAAAAUCCAAGUGAACUCUUCAAAGUUGGCGGAUAAUGUGAUUUCUAUGGUUUUUAGUUGGCUGAAAUAUAGGGGUAAUUUUGGAAAUUGUAGAUGGGAUUGUUGGGUUUGUUCCCCUUUUGACAUUUUGUAA